AUGCCCAACAUGCCAGAUACGAAGUUCAUGAGAUUCGCAAGUCCCAAUGAACGUCGUACAAUCAGUCGCGAAGAUGUCGGUUUCUACAACGCACUCAUCAUAGCAGGCCUGUAUGAGAUUCAAGAUCAAGAUGUCGAUCUUAAUUCACCUCAUACAUUCAUUCAGCCGUUGAAACAUUGUGUAGAGAAACACCCGUUCUUGAGCGUGAUUGUCAAGGACAAGCACACAGAGCAACCGGCCUUUGAAGCUGUUUCGGAAAUCGAUCUUCGUGACCACAUUGUCAUCAUCGAAGGCCACGAAACUAGCGACGAUGCAGAGCUGGAUCUCUUUGAGAAAGUCUUGCCGCCCAUACUGGACCGGCCAUGGCCGACUGGCACUCCGCCUUGGCGAAUUAUCGUGCUUCCCCUGGCAUCGCCAGGCACAAGCCAGCGCUGCUUGAUGAUCUUUUCAUUCUCCCAUACUCUGGGAGACGGUAUGAGCGCAGUUGAAUUUCAUCGAACAUUCUUAGACGGGUGGCGACAAGCUCCCCGCGUGGAUCAGAACGAAUCACACUUGGUUUCCUCUCCAAACGACGCGCUCUCAGAACCAUUCGACACACCCGCCAGGCUUCCAAUAUCGUGGAGCUUUCUUCUCGCUCCGUUUGUAGCGGUCUAUCUUCCUCAUUUCGUAGCCAAUCUAUUUGGCCUAAAACCAACCGCCAGUCCCGUGAACGCCGGAACUUGGACUGGCUCGUCAAUCUUUUUCAAGCCACCCCCGGCACCGCCUAGUCGAUUGCGAAUUCUCGAGAUUGAUCAUGAUUUGGUACAAACGGCGUUACGGGUUUCCAGAAUUCACAACACCAAACUCACCGCAACAAUGCAUCAAUUUAUCGUCCGGGCAUUGAGCAAGGCCAUCCCCGAUACAGACGUGACGAACUUUGUCUCUGGGACAGCAGUCGACAUGCGCAAAUCCAUUGGCAUUUCAAGUGCAACAUGGGGUCUGUUCGUCAAUGCUCAUUAUGAGACUCACCCACGUUCCCGCGAGGUCGGGCAAACAUUAUCUGAUCAAGCGUGGGCCGCCGCAAGCUCCAUGACAGAGAAGCUUGCCGAGUGCGGUACGAGACUGCAGGACCAGGCAGUCGGAUUGUUGAGAUAUCCGCCUAGUAUUCGAAAUUGGACCUUAAGCAAAAUAGGCAAAAAGCGCGAUUGCUCUUAUGAACUGAGUAACUUGCUUGCUUUCGAUGACAGGGAUGGUGAUGCAUCCCAUGGGAUUAAGAUUGAGAAGAUGCUGUUCACUCGGCCUGCCAAUCCUAUCAGUGCGCCUCUUGAGUUCAAUGUGGUAAGUGUGAAGGGUGGUAGUCUGAUUUGCAUUGUAAGCUGGCAGGCAGGGGCUUUGGAUAUUCCAGUGGAGGACGAGAUGCCCCUGGUUGAUGAGAUACUGCGGUCAGUGCGAGCGGAUUUUGAAGCGUUGAAGGAUUGA